CAACUGCCCCGGAACCCACGGCUGCAGGCUUCUGGGGGUGGGGGGGGGAGUUAGGGGCUGUGGCGGUGCGCGGGGAUCUGGCGCGGUGGCUGCGGGACGGACGAGAAACUACUAAAGUUCCUGUGGAAGCGAAGUAGAAUUUUGUUACGAACAUAAUGGAUGGAGAAGAAAAAACCUAUGGUGGCUGUGAAGGCCCAGAUGCCAUGUAUGUCAAGUUGAUAUCUUCAGAUGGUCAUGAAUUUAUUGUAAAAAGAGAACAUGCACUAACAUCGGGAACAAUAAAAGCCAUGUUGAGUGGCCCAGGUCAGUUUGCUGAGAAUGAAACUAAUGAAGUCAAUUUUAGAGAGAUCCCUUCACAUGUGCUAUCAAAAGUAUGCAUGUAUUUUACCUACAAGGUUCGCUACACUAACAGCUCCACAGAGAUUCCUGAAUUCCCAAUUGCACCUGAAAUUGCACUGGAACUGCUGAUGGCUGCGAACUUCCUAGAUUGUUAAAUAAAAUAAAUUAUAAUAAACUGUUAACUUUUUUCAGUAUUUAAUACUUGUAGUUCAGUUAGUAAUUUUUUCAUAUAUAGCAUGUUGCCUGUGUGCAAUUGAACUUUAAAGUUCAUUGCAAAGCAGAUUAUCUUCUGUUCUUUUGCAUAGCAACCAGAGUUGACGUUUGUUUGCUACAUCAACAAAUUAAGGACAUUUUCACAAAUUCAGAAAUAAACAAGUACGCCAAUUCAUAGGUGGUUUUGCCUUAUACUUUGGAUGUGAUUUUUUUAAAUUAGAUUAGUGGUGAUAGAGUAAAUGCUGAAAUGUAGGCAUAAAUGAACGUUUUCAACAGGUAAAUACUGGGCUACAUAUUUUUAUGUUUUCAGUGUUUUUAAAAAUCUAUUUGGGUCUUACAGCUGUCAUUAGCACUAGUAGAGUUAUGCAAAUAAUUACAUUAUAAAUAUGUUCGUAACUUAGAACAUUGAUUUUUAUAAUUGUCAAAGACAUAAGAGUUGAAGUUUCUUAUGUGUCUUUUGAUAAAAUGCAGUAUUGUUUAAGUGUAUCUUAUCUUUUUUGUUUAUUGCUACGAUUUAAGAACUUUAUUUUAUAUUUUAAAACAAUUUUGGAAGAUUACUAGGUACAGCUUUUGGAGCAGUGACUUUUGGAACUGUAGCCACAUGGUCAACAAGUAUAUUACAUGAUUGAUUUCAUGUGCAUUGUGACCAAUCCAAAAUACUGUACUUUCAUUCACUAUAAAGCUGCUUUUGCAAUACUCAUUCUUUUUACAUAGUCCCUUGUGAUUACACUUCUGAUUAUUUAAGUGUGUUUUAAAAGACUCAUUAUGUACUUUAUCCAGAUCUUAAAAGCUAGACUUUUCUGAACUAUUCCAGUCUUCCUCUGUCCAACUGAAAUACUGUAAAAGAUGAAAAAUGUGGGGAUGCAGUGCAAAUCUUAUAAUGCACUUUGACAUAGUAUAUGAAUUAUCUUAUAUUAAUUAAAGUAUGUCCCAAUAAAUAUGAUACCCAUAACGUGUGGAACUUCUACUGAAAUCCAACUUGCAGACAAAAAAAUUUGAAAAACGAUGACAGCAUCUCUGCUUAGGCAUGAGAAAAGAAGUGCUGGAGUUGGAUUUUUAUUGUCUCGUAAUAGUAAGAUAAAGCUGUCAGCUGUCAGGGUCUAUAAAUUUGUCUUUAGAUUAGUUCUUCAAGACUGGCUUAAUAUGGACUAGUUUUUUGGAACCUGCAAAAUCUAUAAACCAAGAUGUAUAAAAGCAAUUUUUCUUCUUGAAAGACUUAACAUUAUAUAUGUUCCAGCUUAUUGAAAGCAAUUAAAUAUUAAUGUUAAUUGUAUAUAUUUUAGUAACUUCUGAGACAUACUGGUACGUAUUUUGAUGUGAAAGGUUAUCAAGUACAAGAAUUUUAUUCUACUUGGUGACAAAUAAUGGCAGUUUAUAAACCUAAAUGAUAAUCUUAAAGGUCAAGGUGAUAGCUAGAAUAAAGUUUACUUUGACCAAUUUUAGUAGGUUACUGUGUGUGUUAAGAUCUAGAAGUAACCUUAAGUUUAAAAUAUUUAAAUAGAACUAAAGAUUAGGAAAACCUGUAUAUCUUGGGGCAAAAAAUGAUAUUCAUGUGUUAAUAAAGGUUCUGUUUAAUGAAA